AUGAAGCUACUAUGGCAUUACCAAAAGGUACACAUGAACAAGUAUCUGACUUCCUGGAGAGGAGUUGAUGAUCCACAACCAGGAGAUUCUGUUUUAAGAUUCAAAAAUGCAGAAUAUCCGGUUCUUACCACUUGGCGUAACGCCUUCCCUAUCUACAGGAGCGGUCCUUGGAACGGAACCAAGUUCAUCGGAGCUCCUCCCUUGUUUAGAUUAACUUGGAAGGCGCAGCAGGUCUCGUGUUUGUCAAUUACUACAGACAACAGAUCCUACACAAGAGUGCAAUUAUGCCAUGACGGAUCAGUGAGACGCUACGCCUGGAAUCAGACCAGAAAAAAGUGGGACCAGCCGUGGAGCUCAUUCCUUGAAGUCUGCGAUAUGUAUAACCAAUGUACUCCGAACGCUUAUUGUAGCCGUGGCGUUUCAUCUUUAGUGUGUGAAUGCAUCCCAGGUUUUGAGUACAGUGGCCUGAACGUGACAAGAAAAGAGUGUGUGCGGAAAAAGCGUGGGACCUGCAACGGAGACCAUUUCUCACUUCUUCCGAAAAUGAAUCUUCCCGACACCUACAAGGCCAAAUCUUACCCGUCCAUCACCAAGCCAGAACAAUGCGGUGAAAUUUGCCUUGGGGAUUGCAGCUGUACUGCGUAUUCUAUAAGCAGAAGCCUAGAAACUGGCAACCGGAGCUGUAUAACAUGGAGCGGAGAUUUGGUUGAUAUCCGCAGUUACUCCGAUGAGGGUCUAGACCUUUAUGUGCGAACGGCUGCAGGUCGUGGGAAAAAGAAAAGCGAAACAGGAUUGAUCGUAGGUACUUGUGUUUGCUUCUCGGUGGUUUUGGCUCUUUUUGCAUUAUUUUGCUACUGUAAGAGGAAAAAGAAGAGAGAAGAUAGGGAAAAAGAAAGAGCCACCACCGCUGCUGCAUCAAUUGAAAUAAUGACGCCAAGGGAAAGAGAAAACGCAAUAGAGGAUCAAAUAUCUGCCCCAAUGGAUUUUGCGAUGAUACUGAAUGCCACAGACAACUUCUCUCAAGAGAUCGGACAUGGUGGGUUUGGGUAUGUGUACAAGGGUGUGUUAGCCAGCGGCGAAGAAAUCGCUGUAAAGAAACUUUCAGAAAUCUCGAAACAAGGGUUGGAUGAGUUUCGUACCGAGGUGAGGUCUAUUUCACGCCUUAGACACCUUAACAUCGUCCGCCUGUAUGGUUGGAGCGUUUACAAGGAAGAGAAGCUAUUGAUAUACGAGUAUCUAGUCAACGGCAGCCUAGAACGUCAUCUAUUUGGUGGUGGUGAGCUAAAUUGGGAAACGAGAUUUCAUAUUAUCAAGGGUGUAGCUCAAGGCCUAGCAUACAUCGAAGAAGGGGGAUAUGAUCUGAUUCUACACCGGUACUUGAAACCUGAUAUUAUCUUACUUGACAGAGAUAUGACCCCGAAGAUAUCCGAUUUCGGGUUGGCCCGAAUGUGUGCAAGGAGCGAGAAGGAAGUUUUCACACAGCAUACGGCUGGAACGCAUGGCUACGUAUCGCUAGAAUCCCUGUUACAUGGCAUAUUCUCAUCUGCGUCUGACGUCUUCAGCUUUGGAGUUAUUGUUCUUGAAAUUGUUAACGGGAAAAGGAACAGAUCAUUCUCCUCUUCCAUUGGCUAUCUUCUCGGCUACGCGUGGAACAAAUACAAUGAAGGAAACUGGAGUGAAAUCAUCGAUGAGAAGAUCAGACAAGACUGUGUAGACUCUUGGCAAGUGUUGAGAUGCAUUGAAGUGGGACUCCUGUGUUCUCAAUAUUUUGCUAGGGACAGACCAAAAAUCUCCCUGGUCGUGGCUCAACUCCAACAGGAGACCAUUGAGAUUCAAAAGCCAAAACACCCUGGCUAUUAUCCAAUUGAUGAAGGCAAACGAGGGAUUCCUUCCUCUUCAAACGUGAAGGGAGAAUCUUCCACAUCUACUUCUAAUACAGUUAACGGCUACACGUUUUCAGAGAUUGAUGCUCGGUAA